CCUUGCCGGAAGCCAACAUGGCGUCCGAGCGCUUCCCAGGCUGCAGUGGCUGUCGCGGCAGCAUCUGAAAAAGCUAGUCUGAGGAGGCCGAGGUAGCGGGGCGCAGCGGCGGGGCGGACGCCGUAGUUGCCAUGGCACGACACAGGAACGUCCGAGGCUACAACUACGAUGAAGAUUUUGAAGAUGAUGAUCUCUAUGGCCAGUCUGUAGAGGAUGAUUAUUGUAUUUCACCAUCAACAGCUGCUCAGUUUAUUUACUCAAGACGUGAUAAGCCACCGUCAUUUGUUGAGCCAGUAGAAGAAUAUGACUAUGAAGAUACAAAAGGACCUGCUAACUCUACUUCUAAUCACCAGCUUAGUGGGAUUGAUCAAGCUCGUCUUUAUUCAUGCCUUGAUCACAUGAGAGAGGUGCUUGGAGAUGAUGUCCCAGAUCAAAAAAUGAUUGAAGCAGUGCUGCAAAAUAAAUUCGAUGUGGAGAAGGCUUUAGCUAUGGUGCUUGAGCAAGAUAAAAAGCAGAACAAGAGUGAGGAAGCUAUCUCCAUGGGAAAGGCGACAAAAGGAGUCUUAUUUUGUUCAUCUGAAGUAACGACUGAUAAUGCUCAAAGCUUUUUUCCUUCGUCAGUAAACCACUCAGGGUGCAGUAGUACCCCUUUUGAGUUUUAUGGCUCAGUACCUAAAGAUGGAUUAUCAUGUAAUUCUUCAACUAUAUUGAGUCACCGUUUACUACAUAAAAAAAAGAAACUUGACAGGCCUCACAGUGAUAAGAAACUAGAAUCAUGUAAGUCAACAAAAGAGCUGUCAUUAGCUGACCUAAUUAAUGAUAUGCCACAUGAUUCAUUUUAUGAAUCUCUUAACAGUCAGCCAACAGUUAAAUUUUCAUCUAGAAGUGACCUUGAAAGUCUUUCAGGUAGUGUAGAUGAUAAAUUGUUGGGAGCUGAUUCAUCUGAGUCUUCCUCUUUGGAUGAGUCUAAGUACAAGGGAGGACCAGAUUUAAAAGCAUUAGUACAGACAGAAAGAUCUGAUAGUUCUUUGUCCAUCAAAAGUAGUUUACUACCCAAUGUUGAAAACAUUCCAGUACAGAGCAACUUGGGAAGGAUUGGUAGUUCUUUUUAUUUAACAAACAAAUUAGAAAACAUGACCCUUGAUAACAGUAUAAGUCACCCUCAGAAUAAAAAGGCAGACUUAUCUGGAAGUGUUCUUUCAGCUCAACAGUGUUCCAAGAAACAUUCUUUAGAAAAGGACUGGGUACAGUUUUCCAAAUGUGAAAGUCCAUCUCUUACCGAACUAUUUCAAGAACACAAAGAAAAUAAUCCAAGCCAAUAUUUUUCUUUAUCUGAUCUUUGUAACCAGUCUUCUGCCAGUUGUACAGAUAUUAGUUUGGGAUCCACGCCAUUGUCACAAAUAACUCGGUAUCAGUCUUCGACUGGAAUUCCAGAAUUAACAGGAUCUCUGUCAUCUUUGGCAUUUUCUAAGGCAUCUCCUACUAGAGAUCUUGAAAAUUUGUCCCUUUCUGAUUUAAUUGCAAAAUCUAUUAAUGAAGUAGAUAAAUCUCAAAUUAAAAAAGAUCCUUCUGUGUUGGAUUUACCUGAAAUAAAGUCUUCUGCAGUAGAUUCAAAUAUUGAUCUAAGUGUCCUUAUAAAAACCCCAGAGAGCUUUCCAAAGCCUAUAGAAAACCCGUCAAAUAUCUUAAUUUCAGGAGCUAAAGUAUCAAGUUCUAAGCUAGUGAAAAAUUCUAGUUUCUCCAGAGAGAAUAAAAAAAGCAAGAAAGGUUAUAUUACUAGGAAACCAGCUUUCUCUCUUUCUUGGACAAAAGCCCUUGCUGCUAGACCUUCAGCUUUUGCUUCAACACUGUGUCUUCGAUAUCCACCGAAAACCUGCAAGAGACACACCUUUGAGCUCUAUAAGACUUUUCUUUACAGUAGACAAGUUCAAGAAGUAAAGGACAAAGAAAUAGGUCCUCUCAAAGUAAUAACACCAUUUGACUUCAAAUCCGCAUCCCCUGAUGAUAUUGUGAAAGCUAAUCAAAAGAAAGCUUUUACUAGAGAAUAGCGUAAAAGAGAAUUUGACAACUGUUGCAGAGCCUUUUAAGCCAAUUUAAAAUCUUUACCGAAUCCCUUUAUACGUUGGAAUUAUAAUUCAUUUUUAUUACGUAUUUGAAAAAAAUUGUUGCAUCUGACUUGAUAACAACUUUAAUUCAUUUGUUUCAUUGCACUGAAGCUAAUCAUUUGCUACCCGUCCUCAGUAAUUAUUAAUGACAUGUUUAAUUAACCAUCUGAGCCCAUAAUGUUUACCAAUUGUGUGUAUAGAAUUAUUAUUCUGACAUCAGACCUCAGAUAAUUUCAUUUGAAAGUUAUUGAGCUAAAAAUGUUUUUUCCAGUUUUGAGAUGAAUAAUUGUAUUUUAUAAAGUUUAUUUUUGAAUUUGUAAAGAUUUUGCUUUUUUACUAAUAAGAAUAUUCAUUACGUUUAGCAAUAGUUUUGGACUACUAGUUUAAAGGAUUUUUAAAAUUAUAUACAUAUAGUAUAGCAUGCCUAGAAUAUAGUUAUAAGAUAGAAUGUUAUCUGUGUCAUUCCAGGUUAUACUGUUGGGUAUCAAUGUAUCAAUUUAAAUGUGCAGUUCUGAAAUUUCUAAGCUUUAAAAAAAAUACUCUGGGAUUUAAGUAAAUCUUUUGCUGCUAAACAUAAAAUAGAAACCAGUUAGUAGGACCAGUUUUAAAAUUUGAAAUAUACACUAUUAGUCAUACAAGUUAAUUGUUUACACAUUUGUUCUAAUCAAAUGUUUUCAGACACAGAACAUAAUAAUGCUUAUUUUCUUUUUUUGUGGGGGAGAAGUAGAUAGAGGUAUAUUUUUUUCAUCAAUUUUAUCUAUUUUUUUUUUUAUUUAGAAGAAUGUUCAAAAUCGAAGCUUUUUUCCUCUGUUAAUAGGUAGCUGCCCAACAAGGGCAGGUUUUUAGUACACUCAGACCAAAUUAAAGCUAUUGUAGUCAGAGAAUUAGGAGAACUUUUUUCAUCUCUUAGAGGAAAAUAAAUCAGUUCUCUUUGAACUUAAAAUUAUUUUUGCUCUUCAGUAAUUAGAAUUUAGUAAUGCCGAGAAAAAGUGGUGAUUCUGAUUGAAUGGAUUCCAGUUCCUUAAAACUUCCAAAGAUUUCCUGCUCCAGGACCUUCUUGUGGUGUGGAAAUGAACACUGAGUUUCUUGAAAACUGUGUCAGAGUACAAGCUCUGGGUGGUUCAGUUAAACUGGAAGGACUUCCAGUAGGAGUACAAGGAUCGGAUGUUUGAUAUCUGAGGACAAGCUAAGCUAAGUUUGAGGAAGAUCACCAAGUUGAAUGCAGGGUAAUGAAUAUCCAGUUACACUAUUUUCCCCUGGCAGCUACGUGGAAAUAUGCUUAAAUAGCAAAAGGUCACCUUUGGGAAUAGGGAAACAAACUGACUUUGAAUAUGAACCUUAGAAUUUUUAUGGGGAUAAGAUAAGUUUUUUCUAGCUGCCAUUUAAUUUGUUGCUCAGGAGUAUUCCCCAAUAUUUAUACAUUGUAUAUGUAAUUAUGAUUUUGAAAGUAAUUUCCUUUUUUGGUAGAAAAACUUGAAGUUCAUAUAUACUCAUUGUUCUUAGAAGCAAUAUGAUUUUCAUAGUUUGAAGACUAUGAUAUGUAAUGAAUAAUAUUCUUUGCAAGGGUAAUUAGGCAUUCAGGGUGAGGUCUGUUUUGUUUAGCUUUUCAGAAUUUCACAAUUCAUUAUAUUACAGAUAAUGCUGCUACUGAACUUUUAAAUUUUUGAGCUGUAUUUUGUAGGUCAGUUUUGGAGACCACAAAUAAUUUUCCUUUGGGACAACACUUAGAGAAAAAUGGCAAGCUAUUUCAUAAUUUUGAGCUUUUAAAAAAGCCAGUAUUUUGAAUGGGGGGGUGGGGAGAAGAAGGGUGACAGAUAACUCACUAUUUUAAAUGAAACAGUUUUCAACUUUAGGUAUACUAAAAGGUCGUCCGUAGAUCAGUUUGAUGCUCUGGACACAUUUUCCCACCAAAACAGUGUUUAAAGAAUGCUUAGAUUCCUAGACUAGUCUACAAAAUCAUUUUUACUCAUAAGGCAUUGCCAGCAAUUGUAUUACAAUUCUAAUACUAUUUUUUUUUCUCAGUUACACAGUGUAUGCUUAAAUAGGUCAUUGUGGAAUGACCCUGAAACUUCUGCUAUUUACAGUUUUGUUUCUAUGGGAAAAUGUAUUCUGUAGCAUGAGUUAAAAGCAGCAGCCUUGUUGUUUUGGCUCUAAUUUCUCUUCCUGCCAACAUACACAGCCAGGCAUGCAGUAACACUAGAAUACACACAAUGGCUCAGGGAAAAUCUUUCAUUCUCUGAACUACCAGGAAGACAUAGCUAGGUUUGAACUGGUUAUUUAUACUUACCAGCUGCUCGUAUGUAGGGCUGUGUUUGUACUUUAAUAUUCAAGUGAUAUUGAAUAUUUAUAGUACUGUGUGCAUAUUAUAGACCAUAUAUGCAUUUAUCCACUUGGUGUAUUAAGUUUGUGGUCCACAUAUGCUAUAUAAUUUUACUUCAGUUCUUCUAAUUCAAACAUAAAAUUUGAGAUGUGUGUAAAGCCAUUUUUCUUUCCCUUGUAAUAAUUUUCAUAACAUCAAUUUUUUUUUGGUGUAGGAAGAUAGAUUUUUACUAAUGGCCUUUGACACGAUUUCUUUUCAAAAGUAAGCCAAUUUAAAAAGUAAUUGUCAUAUUCACUUUCAUUUUCUUAAUAUUUUUCAUGUGGAAAUUUUAUUCCCCUUUAUUACUUAGGUAUUUAACCAAAGCCUUUACUUGACUCUUUUUUUUUGAGAUGAUGCUUAAUAGUAAUUACUGAGAAUUGUAGGAUAUCUUUGCCAUAAAAGAUCUCUUCCUUGUUUUGUAUCUUUUAAAUUAUUGCUUCGUUCUGUCACCAUUUUCUACUUUUUUAAAGCACAUAUCUGCUUACUGAACUCUCAUACUUUUUGCCUGUCAACUUUGUAUUCUUAUUCCUGAACUUUUUUUUUCUAUACUUAAUUGACUUCUGCUUUUUUCUGAUUUAGUUUAGUAGAUCAUUAGUUCUAGUAAUAAUUAAAGGCCAUAGGCAGUUAAUGUGUAUUUUCAAACAGUGUCUUAAGCUGUUUUCUAGCACUGAAUGGUAAGUAAUACGGCUUAUUAUCCUGAGGGAAGCCUCUCCUGAAAUAUUUUGUUUUAUUUGACAGUGGAGAAGUAUACAAUACUCCUUUGGCAAAAAAAAAAAAUCAUGAAUUUAGUGUUAUCCAACUUUCAUUGACCCUGAAUCAUUAUAAAAGUUGUAAAUAUGAGAAACGGGUAUUAAAAAAAACUAUAUGUAGAAUAAGAACUGUGAGUCAUUUGUCUUUUUAUGUUUUUAAAUGUAUUUUACAAUAUGAGGGCAGUUGGGAUGUUUAUGCAAAUGUACAUUUAAUUUAUAAUGUCAUUUUUCUAGCAAGUUAGCUUAGAAAUUCCUAUAAGCUAGCUUUGCUUUCUGGUAUUUUAUAUGUGUUGAAAUGUUUGUGAGGUCUUUUGAUACAAAUUUCUUUGCUACUUUUCAGAUAGCCUGUAAUUUUUAAAAUGUACAUAUAAUUAUGUAUGGAUCAGUUGAACUAAUUGUAUAUUGGAAUUUAUAUUUUUAGUUUCAGAAGUAUUUGUUAUGUAUAUAAACUCAACAUGUGGACAUUUUACAAAAAGUUAUGUUGAAAAAUGUAAUGCCAAAAUUUUUUAUGUAAAGUAAAAA